GAGCUGCCUGCCUCCCCGCUCGGGCUCAGUCCUGCGCGGAGCCGGGGUGCAGAGCAGCAGCCGCACCAUGGGCCCCGCCACGCUCGGGGCGCUGCUGGCCCUGCUGCCGCUGGCCGUGCCGCUGCAGAGCACAGGUUCCCGCCGGGGGAGCCGGACGCCGGAGCCCGCCCAGCCUGCCCUGCGUCGCCUGUCCCGCUACCUGCUGGCCCACUACCAGAAGGGCACCCGGCCCGUGCGGGACUGGCGAACGACCACCAACGUGGCCAUCGACCUCAUGGUCUAUGCCAUCCUGGGCGUGGAUGAGAAGAACCAGGUGCUGACCACCUACAUCUGGUACAGGCAGCACUGGACAGACGAGUUCCUGAGGUGGGACCCAGCACGCUUUGACAACCUGACGCAGAUCUCCCUCCCUGCAGAGAGCAUCUGGGUGCCCGACAUCCUCAUCAAUGAGUUUGUGGAUGUUGGCAAGUCCCCCCCCGUCCCCUACGUCUACGUUGGCCACCACGGGGAGGUGCAGAACCUCAAGCCCAUCCAGGUGGUGACCGCCUGCAGCCUGGACAUCUACAACUUCCCCUUCGACGUGCAGAACUGCUCGCUCACCUUCACCAGCUGGCUGCACCACAUCCGCGACCUCAACCUCUCGCUGUGGCGGCAGCCGGAGCUGGUCAAGUUCGACCGGAGCAUCUUCAUGAACCAGGGCGAGUGGGAGCUGCUCUACGUGCUCAGCUGCUUCCAGGAGUUCAGCGUCAAGAGCAGCGACAGCUACGCCGAGAUGAAGUUCUACGUGGUCAUCCGCAGACGGCCCCUCUUCUACACCGUCAGCCUGCUGCUCCCCAGCAUCUUCCUGAUGGUCAUGGACAUUGUGGGCUUCUACCUGCCUCCCAACAGUGGCGAGAGGGUCUCUUUCAAGAUCACCCUCCUGCUAGGCUACUCGGUUUUCCUCAUCAUUGUGUCUGACACGCUGCCGGCUACUGCUGUAGGCACCCCCUUGAUAGGCAUCUACUUUGUGGUGUGCAUGGCACUGCUGGUCAUCAGCCUGACAGAGACCAUCCUGAUCGUGCGCCUGGUGCACAAGCAAGACCUGCAGCCCCAUGUCCCCCAGUGGGUCAAGCACCUGUUGCUGGAACGAGCCACUGUGCUGCUGUGCAUCGGGGACAGGAAGAAAUUCAGCCAAAGCAGGACCCAGAGCUCAGACAUCUCCGGGGAGGUGGAGAACAAUGACAGCACAGCCAAGCUGAACCACUACAGCGGUGAGGACCCCCGGGAGGGCGAGGCGGCGGGGGGCGCGAUGCCCGCGCCAGCCUUUGCCGAGCAAAAGGAGGGCUCAUCGCUGGCGCAGGGCGUCCUGCGCGAGGUCGCCGCCAUCCGCCGCUUCCUGGAGAAGCGCGAGGAGUUCCGUGAUGUGGCCCGCGACUGGCUGCAAGUGGGCUACGUCUUGGACGUCCUGCUCUUCCGAGCCUACCUGGCGGCCGUGCUGGCCUACAGCGUCACGCUGGGCACCCUCUGGUCGGUCUGGCGGGACGCCUGAGCGGCACCCGCCCCUGGGGGUGGGCGAGGGAGACCUUGGCUGCCACCCCUCAGCCACGGGACCCACCUGCCCCUGCAGCCACCACCUUCCCAGCCGCACCGAGGAGAACGCACCAAACACCGGGCCCUGCCCGCGCCUCGCACCGGGCAGGACCCGCCGUGCACCGGCACCCCCGCCCUCCCCAGAGCGCCCCCCGCCCGGCGCGCCCGCGGCCGCCGCUUCAGCACCGCGGACAGCGGCCCCGGCGCCCGGGGGUCCCCGCCGCACCAGGGGGUCCCCGCUCAACCGGGGGGUCUCUGCCACCCCUAGGGGUCCCUGAUGCACCAGGUGGGGUCCCUGCCAUCCCUGGGGGUCCCCGCUGCCCACCCGGGAGUCCCCACCACACUGAGGGGUCCCUGCUGAACCGGGCGGUCCCUGCUGCCCACCCGGGGCUCCUGCUGCCCAGUGCCAGCCAACAGCAAAUGCUCGGUGGGCAGGUGGUGCCACAAGAUCCGUGGGGUCACCAAGUGCCACCACGGUUGCGGUUGAACACCCUGGUCCCCCCUGUCAGGGGCACGAAGCUGUGAGGAGACUGGGGGACCUCCGGCUGCCCUCAAGAGCAGAGGGUCGAGCUCAAACUGCAGGGCCUGCUCCCAUUUCAGACCUGGGGGCGGUGGGGGGGCUGUGAUGAGAAACACAAACAGUGCUUUUGGGGGGCUGCCCAGUCCCGCUGUGCUUGCCUUACACCCUGGGAAGGUUCCACUCACUCAUCACGUACCUGAGCAACCAGGGCGGGUACCGUCCCCGAAAGCGCUGGGGAUGCCAGGAGGGACCGUCCUGUGCUCUAGGAGCAUCUCUGGUGCCAUCGGGCUGUGGGUGGUGGGGUGACAGUGCUCAGCUCUCCUGUGUCUGCCCCCAAGCCCACCGGCCCCAGACCAAGGGCCCCGCUUAGUGUCCCAGAGCCGUCACCUGCAGGAAAACUCCCCGCUGAAUGACAGGGGGUUGGGGACGGUGCAGGGGGCUCCUGCCAGCGCCGGCCCGUGCUAACACGCUGAUGGUUGGUAAGUGGCUGCCUAUUGAUGAGGUGUCCAGUUAAAGAGUUCGCGAGACACUAAAUCAGCCCAUUGAUCCUGCCGAGAUCGAUGGUGCUACAGACCUGAUCGCUGCAGCGGGCAAUUAACACCCUCUGGAAUGAGCCGCCUUCAUGUAACAUCAAACGCUCCAACAGACAAAUCCAAUGGGCCCAUUGACCCGGGGGCGCGGUGCCGCCCGGCCCAUGCGCCCGCUGGGGGGACAGGGCAGUGAGACCCCUGUACCAGCCUUGCCGUCCCCCUCCCGCCGCAGGGACCCGCUGCCCCUCAGGGCGCACCGCGGGACGCUCACCUGUGCUGCCACGUCCCUGGGACCACGUGGGCGCUCAUCUCCGUCCUUCCCUGUGCUAGGACACCGUCCCGCGCCCAACCCCGUGCCCAACCCCGUGCCCAACCCCGCGCCCUCGCACGGCUCCACGGUCUUUUCCCCAGGACGAGGAGGCCGCCUGUGCCCGAAGAAGGACCCAAGGUCUCCCUUUGCCCUCUUGCUGCUUUGGGAAGCGCUGCAUGCGGGGCAGAGUUGCGGGCAUCUCUCCGAGAGGAGCCUGGAUUUUCCUCUUUAAAAAAAAGAUAAAAAAAAUCAAUAAAUCUGAAUCUAAUCUACUAAUAAAGGUUUAAUGAGGACAUAA